GCCUUUUUCAUACACAACUUGAAACAAAGUUCUUGACGAUCACGACUUGUGACGGUGCUAGACAGUGUCCCCCUUACAACCACGCCCAUCCCCAUCAACGGUUCUUGCCUAACUAAGAUGAAUUUUCGGUUUCCAUAGUACAAAACCUAAAAUCCUUUUUACCUCCUGAGCCACCGCCAGCCCUCACACUACGAGUUUUUAUUAGGCAUUCCGCAGAUCUCCAUCGACUCAGCUCCGUCCAUAACAAGAAGAUGAUAAACCAGGCAGAAGAAGAAGCAACGUCUCUUUUUAUCAUGAUGCAAUAUGAGCACGGCCCGCACUUUGGAUCGUUGUAUGAAUUUUAUUUAUGUAAGCAAGACUCCUUUCGACCUUUUCGACCUUUAGCACAGUUCAGGGAAAAGGAUAUUAGCCUUCCAUUAAGUUGGAAAUUUUGCUCCUUGGAUACCGACAACAUAUGUCUAUUCCCAGAUAGUGGUCCUUUACCUCCUGAUGAUGUGGUGAACCCCUUGUCUGGAUAUAUGUUCAAUGUCGAUACCAAUAAGUGUCAUUUAAUCAAGCCGCCCGUUGCUCCCAAAUGGGACGGACCUGUUGUAUCUGCAUAUGGGAAACUUUACUCUAUCACGGUUCCAUACUGCUCAUCUUAUGUGCCAGAGCCCUCUUUCGAGCGAUAUGAUCCUUCCAGGUGUUGUUGGGAAACUCGGAAAUCUUUUCCUUAUGGUAAAGAUUGGUCCAAACGAAGGAUCGGGGGUCAUGCCGUUUGUGAUGGACUCAUCCUGUAUAAUAUAAUCUCUUCUGUUGGACUCAUUCUGGAGGAUAAUCCAUUCUCUUGCUCUAGAAAAUAUCAAGAUGAACUGUGGGCUUAUGAUGUAACACUGGAUGAAUGGCUUCCAGUUAGGGUCGAGAACACAGAUUGCUAUAGUUUCCGAGGACCGGCUGUAUGUGCGGACAAGACUAUCUACGCGUUAUCAAGCAGCUUGGCGGUUAUGGCACUCUCUAUCACAAGGCAUGAAAAUCUUGUUACCUGCUCUCUAAAGUCACAGUUUGUUUGUCCAGAGUUUGGGGACUUUCGACCAGGCGCACGGAGAAUGAAAUUUGGGUGACCUGAACUUUUGUCUUGUUCAGACUGGAUUUCGGUAUGACAUUAGAUCCAGUCAAUCUCUUAAAAUUACCACAUUUCACCUUGUGGGAGAAACCAAUAUCAAAAUCGAACGUUCAUUCAUUCAUGAAGUGCCUCUUGAGUGUUGUAUGAGAUUCACUAUUGAACAUUGCUUUAUCCGUACUUUUAAACGCAUGGAACUCGAAGAGAUAACUAGUCGCAUCGACUUGUUAUACCAAGAAGACAGAUUCGGCAUUGAUACUGACUUCAUCAUCAAGCCAGAAUAUGAUUAUCUCGAGAUCGACCAGCCAAAUUAUGCAAAUAUUGAAGAAGAAAAUAUGUCCUUACAAGGUGGACCUCAUUUCAAAAACUUCGUGGACUUAUUGAGAGAUUUGUUGGCAAUGGCAUUGGCCAAUGGUUUGCUCAGAAGAGGAUUGCCCACAGCUUCCAAUCUCAUUCCGGACCAGAAGGUAUGGCUGUGUGUUUUUGCUGAGGACAGCAACCAGGAUGAUUUUGUCAAGGCGGUAAAGUCAUUGUGUGAGGGGUAUCAUGUUGAGUAUCUGACAAUUGCCAGUGCUAAAACUCUUGGACAGUGGUCUGUGGAAGGCAUAUAUGAGACGGAACUUCAUAAAGCGGUUUUGGAGGUCUGGAAGUCUCUCCCAUCAAAGUUGGAAGUGCUGGAAGAGUCUGGAUUGUGUCGCCCUUUUGUCUAGGAUUGUGUUCUUUAGAUGGUCCAAGACAUAUAAGGUGCUAAAAGUGACAAAAGAAAUGCGAAUACCGUAAUCUCUAAAGAAGAAGAGCGAAAACACAAGAAAUUCUCAUGUACUCAGCCCCUCUCAAACCAAAAAUUAACGACUAUGGAGCUCAGAUGAUACAUGCUUCAGAGCUCCAACAAUAUAGACAACCAAAAUGGUGUCUUGAGAACAGAGGCUCCCUUGUCUUCUCCACCAAUCUCAAAGACUUGAAGUAGUAGUAGUUAAAGCUUACAUAUCAUUGUUGGAAAAGAAAUUGUUACAUGGUCAGCACAUUAUUUUGGACUUCGAGCAAUUCAAAAAAAAUUAGUUACAUACUUAUUGACAAGAAAAAUAAGAAAAUGAGUCAUUAUAGAUCAUGCCAGCUAAAUUUUUUACGGUCCGGGGCCUCCGAAUAGGAGAGUCUCCACAAGACCGCGUCAUACGGUUUGAAAGCUCUGCAAUGCCCAACUUCUGCAUUUGUUCAAGGUCAUCUCUGGAAAGCUCAUACUGAUACUUCCACCAGCUACCACACUUUGAUAAACGAAACCAGUAUUUUCUAAGACCUUCCACAAUCGCUACCAUGAUCUUAAAUUUCUUAGUUAGGGCUUGUGCAUAUAGAGCAUGUGACUUGUCCUCUGGUGCAGGCUUAGA